AUGGAUCCGGGAGCCUCGGGAAAUGAUUCUGUUGUGACUAGGUUUGUUCUCCUGGGCCUAACAGACGCUCCAGCUCUACAGCCCUUCCUCUUUGUCAUCUUCCUUCUUGCUUAUGUAGCUACCAUUGGAGGCAAUCUCAGCAUCCUGGCUGCCAUCCUUAUUGAACCCAAACUCCACACUCCCAUGUACUUCUUCUUGGGAAACUUGUCCCUCUUGGAUGUUGGGUGUGUCAGUGUCACUGUCCCUGCUAUGUUGAGGCAUUUUAUAACCCAUGACAGAACCAUUCCUUACAGGGCCUGCCUCUCCCAGCUAUUCUUCUUCCACCUCUUGGCUGGUACAGACUGCUUCUUGCUGACUGUCAUGGCCUAUGACCGCUACCUAGCCAUCUGCCAUCCCCUCACCUACAGCACCCGCAUGGCCUGGGGAAUCCAGCAAGCCCUGGUGGCCAUGUCAUGUGUCUUUUCCUUCAGCAAUGCACUGACCCAAACUGUUGCUCUGUCUACUCUUAAAUUCUGUGGCCCCAACGUGAUCAAUCACUUCUACUGUGACCUCCCACAGCUCUUUCAGCUCUCCUGCUCCAGCACCCAACUCAAUGAGCAGUUGCUCUUUGUAGCAGCAGCCUUUAUGGGUGUGGCCCCUUUGGUUCUCAUCACUGUAUCCUAUGCCCAUGUGGCAGCCGCGGUUCUGCGAAUCCGCUCCGCAGAGGGCAGAAAAAAAGCCUUCUCCACAUGUGGCUCCCACCUCACUGUGGUGGGCAUCUUCUACGGGACAGGUGUCUUCAGCUACAUGAGGCUGGGUUCAGUGGAGUCUUCAGACAAGGACAAAGGGAUUGGCAUCCUCAACACUGUCAUCAGCCCCAUGCUGAACCCACUCAUCUACAGCCUUAGGAACCCUGAUGUGCAGGGUGCCCUCCAGAGGGUGCUUACUGGGAGGCGGUCCUCCAAGUGA